AUGUCGAACGCCGUCAACGGGGAUACGGACAACUUCGAACAACGCCUCCGUCAGCGUGCCGCUGCUCAAUCAGAUCCUCUUAGCACCACACCAUCGGAACCCAGCCUCAGACCUCAUGGUCGCAUUCCAAACACACCAUUGGCAGUGUCCUGCAUCUCAGCCUUACUUGGAAUACUCUUUGCUUUAGGAGCGGUCAUCUUCGUCGUAGGCGUACGACAAGAUUGGUCGAUAGACCGGCUUGGCUUUUAUAUUGCUGCGUGGGCGGUCUUCCACUGGGGCGAGUUCGCUGUAACAGCAGGAUGGAAUCAAAACAAAUGCAGCAUCGAUUCGUUCUUACUAGAGAAUGGAGCGCAAUAUCACAUUGCCCAUAGCGUCGCUACCUUGGAAUACCUCAUUAGCUCUUACUUCUGGCCGUCAUACAAGACCUAUCCAUUCUUCUCUCCUGCUGGCAUAGUUCUGGUGAUCUUUGGACAGAUUCUCCGUUCCGCUGCUAUGAUACAAGCGGGGAACAGCUUUUCGCAUGUUGUGGCAUACCGAAAACUAGACGACCAUGUUCUCGUUACUGGAGGGAUUUAUGCUUGGUUCCGCCAUCCAUCAUAUGCCGGAUUCUAUUACUGGGCCUUAGGCACUCAGCUGCUCCUCCAAAAUCCUAUCAGCUUUGUUGGUUUUGCAGUUGUGUUGUGGAGGUUCUUCUCGAAUCGUAUAGCGCACGAGGAAAUUUCCUUGAUUCGUUUCUUCGGAGACGACUACAACAGCUAUCGCAGUAGGACGGGGACCAUGAUUCCUUUCGUCAGCUGA